CCCUUUCCCGAAACAACCUUCCCGUUUCGACCCGUGUCACCUCGCACUGUCCACGGGAAGUUUGUUAUCAGUUCAGUCAGUUCAAGUGUACCAUGUCUGUCUUCCUUGGUGACCUAAUUUCACCCUCUCCCAAAACGACCUUGAAGAUUUAAUCACCAGCAGUCAUUUUUUGCACGCUGUUCUGGUGUUAGUGUGUCGGCAGUGCUGUAAACGCAUAGCAGUUACCGCUGUCACCGCCGCAGGAUGUCUUCGUUUGUCAUCUUACAAACCCAGAAAAAGAAGCAGUGUUUACACUUAGAUGGAUAUAAGUACCACAAGAAACGUUCGAAUGCGAACGGAACUGUUGCGUGGCGGUGUGCCAACCAUGGUUCAUCCUGCUGCCCUGCAUCAAUCCUGACGGAAGGAGAUCAUGUCAAGAACACCCUUCGAGACCACAAUCACCCUCCCGAUGAAACAGCCGUUGUCAAGGACCGGAUCAGAAUGGAACUAAAAGAAAAAGUGGCCUCUAAUCCUCACGUUGCAGCUCCGACGCUCUACAACCAGGAACUUCUUCGCGCAUCUCAAGCCAGCGCGGCCGAUGUUGUAGCUGAAAUCCCGACUUUCGCAAGCCUGAAGAACGCCAUGUACAGAGAGCGACGCCGUCAUCAGCCGGAACUUCCUGCAACUGCGGACGACAUUCAGCUGAGCCCGUUGUACCAACAGACAGAAGACGGCCAUCCCUUCCUUGUAAUCGAUGACACUAGUGUUGGUGGUUCUCGGAUCUUAGCCUUUGCAUCACGGGAGGGUUUGCUGCGCUUGUCAUCCGCGAAGAUGCUCUUUGUUGAUGGUACAUUUUUUGUUGUGCCUCAGAUUUUUGAUCAACUCCUGACCAUUCAUGUCAUGUCGGAUGGCAAACACUCACCCGCAGUGUACUUUCUGCUGUCUGGUAGAUCUCGUGAGACGUAUGUUCGAGCAUUUCAAAACUUGAGGAAUGUAUUCGCUGGUGCGGGCAUCGUGUUUCCGAAUCCUGACAUUUUUCUAACAGACUUCGAGCAGGCGCUCAUCGCAGGCUUGUUGACUUUAUUCCCAACCGCAAUCCAUCGUGGGUGCCAUUUCCAUUUCACAAAAAGAGUGUGGGCUGCAGUACAAAGAGCCGGCCUCCAAACUGCGUACGGGCAGGAUGACACUAUUAGGUCCCUUAUUAGAAAGAUGGUGGCGCUGUCGUUCGUUCCAGUUUCUGACGUCCAGCGUGCAUGGCUGUUUUUGCGACAAGAAGGCGUAUCCCUCGGUGUUUCAGGCGUCAUCACUGUGCUUGACUAUUUUGAUGGCACCUGGAUGAAUGGUCAUUUUUUGAUUCAGCAAUGGAAUCACCACGGAAACCGAGGGCCACGGACAAACAACCACAUGGAGUCCUGGCACCGUAAAAUAAAUGCGGUGUCAGGGAGGGCCCACCCGAACAUUUACAGUUUUAUCGAUUUAAUUAAACGGGAUGAGGCUUUGACUAGGAUAUCCUUGCAGCAGCUUGCGAAUGGUGGUGCUGUGCGGGCCAGGGGCCACAAGUGGGUCAGCAAGGACCGCAAGCUUUCUGAGCUCGAGUGUCGCCUUUCUAAUGGCACGAUUUCCAUCUUUGAGUUUCUCAACAAAGCGAAGGCAUUUUCCGGUCUGUGAUGUUUUUCUGUGUGCGCGAGUGUUCAAUGUUUAAAAGUGUAAAAGCAAAUAAAGUCGCGAUCAUA